AUGAAUACAGUAGUGAUCCCAUAUCGUAAAGGUAUCUCAGAAGACAUCAGAAGGAUUUUAAUUCGUCAAAAUAUAAGAGUAUUCUUUCGAACAAACAAUACUCUAAGAUCAAAACUAGUAAAAAUCAAAGAUCCAAUACACAAGGAUGAUCAACAAAAUUGUGUUUAUGAAAUCAAAUGUAAUGAUUGUAAUGCAACGUAUGUAGGUGAAACAUCAAGACAACUGAAUGUGAGGGUGAAAGAACACAAACUGUGCUUAAAGCAUAUUCCUAAAUCCUCAAUUGAUGUAAAAAAGCUUGAGAACAGAUCAGCGAUAGCAUUACAUUCAAUUGAAUCGGGUCAUACAGUUGAUUUCAAUGGCACGAGAAUCAUUCAAAAAGGAUUUAA